GUACCGGUCUUACGUUGCCUCAUGCUGCCCGCAAUUCUGUACACAAAGUAACAUCUCUGUUAGAACAGUUGCCUUCUUUCAGGCGUCAUACGUUUCUUUGGGAGGAGGAAAAAUACAUAAGACAGAAAUGAUGAUAAAAGGAGGAUAAAAUAGAUGCUUUUGCAAGUCUCAGUUUUUAAAAUUUGCAUAGAACUGAUACUUUGAAAGUAUUACAAAGAAGAGAGAGGUUUUAAUUAAUAGUGUUAUUCAAAGAUAUUUUUCUAUCAUGCUAUGAUAUUAUUUAUAUUCAUUGACAACAGUGGCAGAGGUCCCCGGGUUGUCAUCGUGUGGAAUAUUUCUAAAUUGGCGGUCAGUCGAUUGUCACCUAAAUACCUAAAUGGAAUAAUUGGAGCUGGAUUGGCCUUAGUGGCUAUUUUUAGUUAGCAUCGAGGGGUAGCCCCUAUCUUGCUACCUAAAAAUAAUCUGAUAGCAAAUGGACCCUUGGAGGUUUUCAACUUUGACUGAGCCGGAAUAACAUGCAAAUUGGAAAAUGAGGGUCUCCGUCUUGUAGAAGGAAAAAACAGAAUGAUUAGAACGACGAAAAACAGAACGACGAAAAACAGAACGAUCAUUAGCCGUUUCGUGACCACCAAUGUGGAGCAAAUAACUUCGCUGCUGUGGCAGUGCUAGGAAAUGCUUCUUACGACGUCUGUAGGAAAUGCAACAGAAGUUACUCGGAGAUGCUGGAAAGGCAACGUGUACUCCAUUCUCGCGUGCUUCCAUCUGCUGCACAAUUCAUCUCUUAUCUACCUGAAGAAGAUUAUAUUGAGGAACGUGAACAGGCGGAGCAGCAAUCUUUUAAUAGAAAUAAUCGCAAUUUACUGCCGGAAUAUCGUAGUCUUUGCGAAACCGUCACUAAAAAAGUACAAUUAGAUGACUCUGACUAUGAAUACCAACCUCCGCAUUAUCACGAAAUUUAUUGUAAAAGUUAUUCUUUACUAGAUAACAUUCAACAGCCUGUGAGCUUGUCAAAGCAGAAAUGUGUGGAACCAAAUUUUCAUUGCGUUCAAAGAAGUAGAAGGCUAUUGCUAAUGCGACGACGAUGGGAUGAAGAAUGUUGGGAACCCUUCUCCAAACAGAUCGCCAGUGGUUGUGAUUGCAUGUGGCCCGUAUCUAUCCUCGGAGAUAUAACUGAUCAUUAUUAAUUUCCACUUAGAUGAGAUCAAGGUUGUGCAGAGGGUUAAAGAGUGAAAAUGCCAUGCAAAUGACACUUACAUCUCUU